AAAGUAAGGACAGCACAGGUCAGCCCCUACGCUCCUGAAAUCAAAGGAUCGCUCCUUCACCGGAUCAGCACCUAACCAGAAUGAUCAAAGCUGUCUUUGUUAUCACGUGCUUGGUACUUAUUCAGCAUCAAGGGAGUACAAUGAAGGAGCCGCCUGGGGUGGAGGACUACAAAGUGGUGUAUCCAAAAAAGCUCCAUGCACUGCAUAAAAGGGAUGUAAAGGGAAUUCAGAACCCUCAAGAGAAGGCCAAGUAUGAAGAUACUGUACAGUAUGAAAUCGAAGUGAAUGGAGAGAAGGUGGUCCUUCAUCUAGAAAAAAAUAGGGAUCUUUUUUCUAAAGACUACACUGAGACCCAUUCUUCCCACGAUGGCAAGGAAAUUACAACAAGCCCCCAGACUGAGGACCACUGUUAUUAUGGAGGACACAUCCAGGGUGAUACCAGCUCUGGCGCAAGCAUCAGUACAUGCCGUGGUUUGAGAGGGUAUUUCAAGAGUCGUGGCAAGAGGUACCUUAUCGAACCCUUGAAGCUUUUGGACAGUGAAGCUCAUGCAGUCUUCAAAUAUGAAAGUCUAGAAAAAGAAGAUGAGGCCCCCAAAGUCUGUGGGGUGACCAACACUACUUGGCAAAUGGAAGAACCAAUCCAAAAAAUUGCCAGGUCAAGCACAAGUGCAGAAAAGCAGGCAUACCUGAAGAGCAGGAAGUACGUGGAACUCUACAUUGCCGUGGACAACACAGUGUUCAGGAAGUACAGCCGCAACCUGAAUGGCGUAAAGACAAGAGUAUAUGAAAUUGUCAACUAUAUAAACCUGGUUUACAAAGCCAUAAACAUUCAUGUGGCAUUGAUUGGCCUAGAAAUUUGGUCAGAAGGGGAUAAGAUCAUUGUGGAUGAAUCAGCAAGCGUCACCCUGGACCGGUUUUCGGAGUGGAGGCAGGACGUUCUGCUUAAGCGGAGAAAGAACGAUAAUGCUCAGUUACUUACGGGUAUUGACUUCAAUGGACCAACCGUAGGACUGGCCUAUGUGGGGACCAUGUGCAAUCCUUCCCAUUCCUUGGGAAUUGUCCAGGACCAUAGCACAAAUCCCAUUGCCAUUGGUGCUACAAUGGCCCAUGAGAUGGGCCACAACUUUGGCAUGAAUCACGACACAAACUUCUGCACAUGCAACUCAGGGUCUUGCAUCAUGGCAGCACAACUCAGCUACAACACACCCCAGUAUUUCAGUUCCUGCAGCCUCCAAGAUUUUCAGAAAUACAUUUUGGAGAGAAGCCCAGCUUGUAUCGUCAACAUGCCGUUGCCACAGGACAUCGUUGCAAAGCCAGUGUGCGGAAAUGACUUUGUGGAGGAGGGGGAAGAAUGUGACUGUGGUUCUCCAGAGGAGUGCAAAAAUGAGUGCUGUGACGCCGCAACAUGCAAACUGAAGCCAGGUGCUAAAUGUGGAUUCGGGGAGUGUUGUGAGAACUGCCAGCUGAGAGCCGCAGGAGCAGUCUGCCGCCCCGCGAAACACGACUGUGAUCUGCCGGAUCUGUGCACGGGCCACUCCCAUCAGUGCCCCGCCGAUCGCUUCCGUGUGAACGGACACCCGUGCAUGAACCAUCAGGGGUACUGCUACAUGGGGCAGUGCCCCACUUUGCAGAACCAGUGCACUGCCCUCUGGGGGACAGCUGCCACGGUGGCUUCAGAUUCCUGCUUUGCUAUCAAUAAGAAUGGAGUUUACUAUGGCCAUUGCAAGAAGGCUAACGGCACAUUCCUCCCAUGUGGAAAAAAAGAUCUGAAAUGUGGCAAGUUGUAUUGCACUGGCGGUUCAAGAAUGCCUUCAGCUGGAAGCCUGGUGACAUUUGAAAAUUGCAAAGGCAGUUUCCCAAGUGGAACCCAAGAAGAUGGUGGAAUGGUUGCUGAUGGAACAAAAUGUGGAGAGAGCAUGGUCUGUAACGAUGGGCAGUGUGUUGACAUUGAGAAAGUCUACAGGUCUACCAACUGUUCCAACCAAUGCCGUGGACAUGCUGUGUGUGACCAUGAACUGCAAUGCCAGUGUGAAGAAGGAUGGGCGCCACCGAACUGUGAUGACGCCAUAUCAAAUCGAUAUAUUAUCAUCAUUGUUGCUGUGUUGGCGGUCCUUUUAUCCAUCGCUGUUGCCAUAACCUUCCUGUUCCGUUGCCAAAUUUUGAGGAAGAAAGGAAGUCCAAGCACCCACAAGCGUGUGGCUGGAGCCACAAACCUCGGCUUCUCGGGGCAAGAACAGAGGAUCAGGCAAAAUGCUGGCCCCACACCUGGCCCUCCAGAGGUUAACUCAGCUAGAUGUCUUCUUCCUCCACCUCCACCGCAAGCAAACAAGCCAUCAGUUUGUGUUGUGAAAAUCCCUGGUGAACACCCACCAGCACCCUAUGAAAAUGCCAGAAUGCCCAUCAUAAAGCCGAAUGUGCCGCCACCUCCGGUUCCAACUGCCAAGCCGGCCUUAUCUCCUGCCACGGGCAAUUCACAAACAGCAACAAGGCCAGUUCCUUCUCCUCAUUUCAAAUCCAAGCCAGCUCCUCCACCUCCACCACCACCCCAGGCUCUGAAACCCCCAGGAAACCGCAAGGUGUGAAAGUGAACCAAGUACCAGACCUGCUGCUGUUCUCCAGUUUCAAGGAAACCUUUCCCAUCUUGUUCGGUCCUCCAUCUGCAAAGGAAAGAGAUUAGCUGGUUUUUUCUACAGGUCUAAUAAUUUCUCUGCCAACAGAAUGCCAUGUCUGCACUUGGGCUGUCACUGCUUGCCCAAGUGGUCAUUUUUGGAAAGGAGACAGAUUGGCAUAUUGUCAGUCUAUGUCCAUGCUGUCCAUACUGAUGAAGAGAAUCAUGAUAAGGGAGAUCCUGGUUUAACCGGAACGCUUUUGUAAAUAACUGUGAAUUGAGCCUUGUAAUUUUACACAUCAGAGAGCAACUGCGCUUUUUUGCCAGUGAUUCCUGGACCAGUCCGUAUCACCCAUCACUGCCAGCCGUGGACAACCCCUGAGACUUUAGAAGGCUCCCCAAAGCUUUGCCUUGCUGGGAAAAGAACCUUUUCUCCAUGCAGUGAGAAGGUGGCAGAGCUUUGCCCAAUGCCUCAAAACAACACCACUCCUUCGACAUAAAGGAGAGUCAGAAUCUUGAUCCAGCCUUUUACAAGCCGCUGCUUUCCUGGGAAGCGUGCAAGCAAAGCUUAGACUGCUUACUUCUGUGUGCCUUGAGGAAUUGCUGCAAUGUAUAAUGGUACGAAGAUGGCCAAUUUCUUUUACCAGCUUCUGUCCCUGCACUUGUAACAGCAACUUGAUGUGCAAAUAUGUGCCAGGGAUUAUGUUUUCCUUCUUGUUGUCGAAAGCUUCCUUUCCUAAUUCUUGAAACUCAAGUGUUUCGUCCAAAGCACAGGGGAAGCCCAAACAGGGGGCAGCUCUAAAUAGCAGAGGGCCAUCCUUCUAGCACUUUAUCAGGCCAGGGCAACCAUGUGGCUAAUUUUUAGCAGCAUAUUUAUGGUGCAGCAUACAGUUAAAAACAGCAACACUAGAACUCGAGUGCUCACACCUUUCACCUGAUGAUAUGUGAAUUAAGCACCUUAUUUGUCCAUGCAGCUGAAAUACAUCAAGAGGUUUUAGGGCAGGACUGCACAGGACCUUGUAUAUUUCUUUUUUAUGUUAUUGUAUGAAAAGGUCAGUAGGGGAAAGGGGUUAAUGUAGAAACUUUGGGCUGAAGAAAAAGGAUCAGAUGUACUUAGCAUGAUUUGACAAAAUUGGUCUGCAGACCUAGUCAGCAGAAUGUAGACUUGCUAGGUUAGGGGAAAAAUGUGCUCGCUCACUCUUAAUGUAAGGGUAGUUUCCGUGUGAGUUUGCACAACGACUUCUGGUGGUCUGAAUGGCCUCAUCUUGUUUCCACAGCCAAACUUACACAAUCCAGAAUUCUCCAGGUCUCUUUCCGAGUUGUGCACACAGCACCAGACCCGCUUCGUGUGCUCUGUGUUCAGUUUAUGGGCACUGAGUGUUUCGCUUCAAUGCUCCCUCUCACUAAAAAGCAAGGAAAGAAACAGAUUUGUUUCCCUGCAGCUAGAGCAAAGAACAAGCCAGGCAAAGAACCCCUCCUCUCCUCUUUGCAGAGAUUGUUUUAAAAGGAGGGUGGGCAUUCUGAAAUAGCAUCCUCCCCACGCCGCCCUUCCAGGCCAUUUAACCACCAGGAUUCCCAAUACCUUGUUCUACUGCCUGUAUCUGUAUAGGAGCCUUUCCCAAGCUGGUGCCCUUCUGGCGGCUUGGGUAGUCUCUCCCCUAAUUCCCACCGUCUGGGGCAGUAGGUUCACCAAGACUCAAGAUCCAGUGUUCUUGCUCUGGUGAGGAAUUGCUGGCUGAGCCGGGCCAGGGAGCAAAGAAGAGGGUUUCAGAGGAAAGGCAACCGGUGGAGUGGUGAAUCACUCAUUCCCCUCCUAAACCUGAUUUUCUUUCUCCAUCCUACUUGUGAUUGCUACUGCAGUGGCAGGCUGUUACAAACAGGGGACGCCCAUCACCAGCAGCCGUGCCCCCCUGCUGGGGCAAUCUGGUCUCACGUUCUGGUCUGAUGUUCGGCAAACUGUUCCCAUCCCGAGCGAAUGCCUGGCCUGUCAGCAAUUUGGUCCUUGAAACACAGAUGCCUAUGGAAGGCUGGCCUCCACCGCAUUCUGGUUUGCCAGCUUUUCCUGCCCAAGAGGAAGUGGUCAUGAAAUAAGAGCCUCAGUCUGUGACUGGCUCUCUGCUUUGCUCAGCAUAGCUGCAGCAUUUCUUGCACUUUCUCAAAUGCACCUUGCAUACAUUUCAACAGGCCCAGUGGAAAAGAGCUUCCUGCUUCACCAUUACCUUUCCUCAGAACCGUGGCCUCUCCAGUAAUUAUUUCUUUUCUGCUCUGGGGGCUGCCCUCCCCUGGUUGAAGAGAAUAUUUAAAAAUCUCAGUGAGUUUGCAUCCACUGGAUAGUGGUUUACCUGUAUUUUGUUAUCUAUGAAGAGUGUAUAUUUACAGAGUUAUCUUUAUUUAAAAUGUUCUUAUAUAAAGUCACAAUGUCCCCUCC